AUGCAAAGUACUCGUCUGUUAAUUACCGCACAACGUUGUUCAUCAACAUCUAGAAUUAAUCAUUUAUUGAGACGAUGUCUCACUAUUUCUAAUUCAACAAGUAAAAUAAACCUCAACAACUCAUCUCUAUUUCUAGUCGAUUCAAACCUUUCAUCAUGUAGCACUAGUGGUCGAUUAUUAUCACUAUCAACAAGUAACAUUAUCCAUAUUCGACAAAAUCUACCUGUUCGAUAUGCUUCAUCCAGUAGUUUACCAUCUCAUAAAAGAAUUACUCUUCCAGCAUUAUCACCAACUAUGGAAACCGGUACAAUACGAUCAUGGUCUAAAAAAGAAGGAGAAAAAGUUGCUGAAGGUGAUGUAUUGGCUGAAAUUGAAACAGAUAAAGCAACAUUAGGAUUUGAAUCAAGCGAUGAUGGAUAUCUAGCAAAAAUUUUUAUACCUGCUGGAAGCAAAGAUGUAUCUGUUGGAAAACUUUGUGCUAUUAUUGUUGAAAAAGAAGAAGAUAUAGCUGCAUUCAAGAAUUAUAAAGAUGAUAGUAGUGAAUCGUCAGUUAAAAAGAAAUCAUCAGAUGAAAAAGCUACUAUAUCUGAAAAAACUGCAAUGAAAGAAAAUGUACUUACGAAAAAAGAUGACUCAACAAGUCAAAAAGAACAAAAAACAACAUCAACUCGUAGUUCAAGUGAUGAUGAUCGAAUUGUGGCAUCACCUUUUGCUCGAAAAAUUGCUCAAGAAAAAGGCAUAGAUCUAGAUUCAAUUCAAGGUAGUGGUCCUAAUGGUCGAAUUAUAGCUGAAGAUGUUGAAAAAUUUAUAAAAGAAGGCGGUGUCAAAACUAAACUAGACGCUAAAAAAGUCAAAGAUGCUCAAACAACUCCAUCUAAAGCAGCUAAAAAAGAUAAAGAAACAGCAAUAGGUACAGGCGGUUAUGAUGAACAACAAAUAUCAGAAUUACAAGCAGAAAAUGCCCGUCGUGUAACUGAAUCAAAGACUACAAUACCACAUUAUUAUUUAACUAUUGACAUUCAAUUAGAUGAAAUACUCAAAUUACGUCAAAAAUUUAAUGAUAUAUUAACACCUAAAUCAAAGGAUUCAAAAGAAAAAAUACGUGGUAUUUCAGUAAAUGAUUUUAUUAUAAAAGCAGCUGCACUUGCAUGCAAGAAACGACCUGAAACCAAUAGUGUUUGGAUGGAUAAAUCUAUCAGACAAUAUGAAACAGUUGACAUCAAUGUUGCAAUCGCUACUGAAGCUGGUCUUCUUAUGACGCCUAUUAUUUAUUAUGCAGAUCAAAAGGGUCUUUCUACCAUCAAUAAAGAAAUAUCCCAAUUGAGCGAGAAAGCAAACAAUGGAAAAUUGAAUGACAAUGAACUUGAAAUGGGAACAUUUACAAUAUCUAAUUUGGGAAUGUAUGGUAUAACAAAUUUUAGUGCUAUAAUCUAUCCUCAACAAUCAGCUAUUUUAGCUGUUGGUGGCGUUGAAACAAAAAUUGUACCUGCAGCAGAUUCUCCAAAGGGUUUCCGUCAAUCAACUAAUGUCAAUGUAACAUUAGCAUGUGAUCAUCGUGUCAUUGAUGGUGCCAUUGGUGCCCAAUGGUUACAAGAAUUUAAACAAUUUCUUGAAAAUCCUGGAUCAAUGAUUUUAUAA